CAACAGUACACAUCACGCAUGUUUUGGUUACAGUUUUCCUAACUUAUGAAAUGUGGUUCUUCUCGAGAGAUUCGACUAAAGAUAUCAAUUAUGAUUUCGGAGAGAAGAUAAAGGGACUCGAAGAUAGCUCAAUAUGGACUUUAUACGAAGGCAAAAAGAAGGGUACAGGUGAUCUUGUAUCAGUAUUUGCCUAUGAUUUGAAAAAUGGUUCUGAAGGACAGACACAACUAGCCAAAGCAGCAUUCAAGCGAAUAAAGACUCUGAGGCAUCCAAACUUCCUCACAUACAUCGAUGGUGUUGAGACAGACAAAGUUAUCUACAUUGUUACGGAAUAUGUUGUUCCAUUGGUGCAUUACCUUGAAAGUACAGAGCACAUUCAGCAGCAGCUUGACCUGAGUAUCUCCUGGGGUCUACAUCAAGUUAUUAAAGCUCUGGGAUUUCUUAAUAAUGACGCCUCGCUAGUGCAUAACAAUAUAUGCAUGUCCUCGGUCUUCGUCGAUCAGGCUGGUGUCUGGAAACUAGGUGGCCUCGACUACAUGUACUCGGCCACAGAUCAAGGAAGCAGGUGAAAAAUCAAAGUUCUUUGGUAAGCUCACUGACUCCCUGCAUAGCUUCCCACAGGAUGCUUGCCGAUACUGCAUUCUGCCACAACUUCUCAACGCGUAUGAGUUUGGAAAUGCCGGUGCGGCUGUGCUAACACCGAUGUUCAAGCUAGGGAAGCUUCUAGAUGCUGAAGACUACCAGAAGAAAAUUGUACCCUGUGUGAUUAAGCUGUUUUCCUCAACAGAUCGUGCCACUAGGGUAGGCCUGCUGCAGAAGAUUGAUUGCUUUGUUGAGCACCUCCAGCCAUCUAUAGUAAACGAUCAGAUCUUCCUUAAUAUAGCCAACGGCUUCAUGGAUACGAAUCCAGCGCUGCGUGAACACACAGUCAAGUCUAUGUUGCUCAUGGCACCCAAGCUCAACUACAAUAACCUGAAUGUGGAGCUGAUGAAACACUUUGCGCGACUACAGUCGAAAGACGAACAGGGAGGAAUCCGUACGAACACAACAGUGUGUCUCGGCAAAAUUGCCGGUCACCUACACCCGUUAACGAGGCAGAGAGUGCUGCUAUCAGCAUUCACCAGAGCCAUGAAGGACCCAUUUCCACCUGCUCGCACAGCUGGCGUCCUGGCCAUGGUUUCCACGCAGAAUUACUACACAAUACACGACUGCGCCCUCCGAGUCCUUCCUAGUCUUGCAGCUCUCACUGUUGACCCUGAUAAGGGCGUGCGAGAACAGGCAUUUAAAGCUAUGCAAGGUUUUAUUGGAAAACUGCAGAAAGCUCAUGAGAAUCCUGACCUAAUACCAGAACUUGAAUCAGACGUGAAUUCAGGAGCUGUGCCAUCCACGGCUAGACAGGCAGCCAGCUGGGCAGGUUGGGCAGUUACUUCUCUCACGUCCAAGUUUUAUAGAGGAGUGCCUGCAGGCAGCACUCAAGACAAUAAAACUUCAGACGAAAAGCCAUCGGAAGCAACCAAGGCACAAGUUUCUCAAAAGUCGAGUAUGCCAUCUAAUGCUCGGAGUCGGCAGCCAGCAGCACCAGUACCCAAGGACGUUGCAGAGGAUGACGCGUCAGACUACGAGGACGGAGAUAAAUGGAGCAAUGCUGAAGAUUGGGGAGAUAUGGGGGACUUGUCAACACAGACCACUGAACGGCCAGGUCCAAGCAGGUUACCGGAAGGUGGGCAUAUCGAGACUACAGAGAGAUCUAGAUUGGCUGUUGCAUCACCUGUAGCAGAUGAUGGUUGGGGUAAUGAAGGCGACUGGGGAGAUGAUGCAGAAGAUGAAGAGGAAGAGUGGGGAAGCUUAGAAGAGCCCACUGUCGUAAAUCCCCAUGGCUUUCAAGACAGGUUGGCAGAACAAAGUGGUACCAUGACCCUCACAAAGGUGCAGAAGUCUCAGGAUCCUUGGAACGACUGGGGAGGGAAAGAUUUCUCUGCAGUGAAAGAUUCAACCACAAUUCCAGCAAGUGCCUACAAUUGGGGGAACCCUCCCGCAAGUGCGGAUUUCUUUUCUACAACUGCCAGCUCAACUGAGGUUAAAUCAAACGUUGGGAAACGUCAACAAACAACCAGCCAGCCAACAUCAAUUCCAGAAGCCAAUUCCUAUCCCUCAGCAAAGCAAACGGCAGUGCCAUCUAGUAGUGAUGAAUGGAACACUGGUAGGGGUGAAUGGGAUGAUAGUGGCUGGGGAAUAGCAGACAACAAAAGCAAGCAGCCAGAUGAUGCAAAAAGGCAAAGGGAAGAAAAAAGGUUGCAGCGGCAACGUGAAUUAGCAGAGAAGAGGGCGAUGCGGCAAGCAGGUGGUGGUGCCAUGAAACUGGGUGCACGAAAACUAAACUAACUACAAGCAUAUAUGAACAAAGUAAACCAACUCUACAAUAAUAUAUAAAUAAAGUCAUGUUAAUAACUGAAUAUAUGUAUAACAUAUAAGCGUCGAUAGCUUAGAGAGAAUUACCACAUGCUAACAUACUUGCAUAAUCAAUGAGUGUCGUAUUUUGGUGGUUUUUGUUGAUAUCGUAAGAUUUGUCUAAACUAAUUAUGACCCAUAAGGCAGAUGUAUUAAAGUUGUUAAAAAAAUUAAGUGGAAUUUUAGUGCAAAAUAUGUGUGCAUCAAUUUCACCUGAUGACUAUAAUGAUGCUAAAAAGCUUCAAUGCAUGAUCACUUGGACAUUUACUGAGUAUUUGAUAUAUUUGCACAAGCAACAGUGUUGAUAGAUAUCAAUACUUUUAUAGUGCGUAAAGGCUAUCAUUGUCAUCCACAACAUGAUCACUUCCAGAUAGUCGACGAUGUCAAACGUUUAAAUACAGAGCUUUUAGCAGGACAUAAGUGACUUUUUUUAAAGUUCGUAUGAAAGAAAGGUUCAUGCGAAGAAAAAGUCUUCGUUCAAAGGGAAAAAUAUUCAUUCAAAGGAAAAAAGUUUGUUCGGAUGGAAAAAGUUCCACAUAAAUAUAAACGGUUCCAAAAGGCGAAUGUUCUUUAUAUAUUACAGCAAUACGAAUCGUAUCAUGUUAGUAUGAACUACUUAAUACAUCACAUUGUCAAAGCUAAUUUUGAUUCCACACGACAGUUUGUUUUUGCGAGAUAAUUUUCUACAUCAGGGCUCAUACAUGAUAUAUUUCGCAUGCGAAGACACGGCUGUUCAUCGCUAGGCUAACGCCACACUCGUUGACGCAGUGCCAUGUAUCUGCCCCUGCAAGAAGACAUGAUCUAGUACUUUGAUUUCUCAGAAUACUCUGAAUUCACACGCUCAUGUGUAUGUGUGCGUGCAUGCGUACACGCGCUUGUAUAUUAUUAUACAAAUAUUAUCACGUGAUUACUAAAACUUAUCACAAUAAGCUUCACGUUGUUUUUCGUUCAGCCUUGGGAAUUUCACAAUUGAAUAUACUUUAAUUUAAUUUCAAUAUUAACGUUUUCAAACAAUUUUCCAACGGUUUCUGGCAAUAUAACAGACUAUUUAAUGUUUUACCACCCUUUCACAGGUGAGAGCGGGAAAACGCUAUCACAUGAUGAAAAUCUACGUACCACUAUAUCAGCAUAUCUAUGUUUCUUAUGGUCAUUAAUUUAAUAGUAACUAAAACUCAAAUCACUAAAUCUGAUUCUAAACAUUUAUGACGGGUAACGGGGAAUGUUUUUUUGUAUCUAAACCAAUAGUGUACAACAAUGAAGUAUGUACAUUGUUAACAAAAUGUCAAAGGUUGAAUUACAACACCAGGAACGAAAGCUACGACGGCAAUUCUCAGCAAAAGGUUUAUACCUACUUGGAAAAUAUUGAUUUCAGAGAGUGGCACAUUUUUUGGCAUCAAUAGAUUUAUAUUUCCCAUUAAGCCAAUUACAGUUGUACCUACAUUGAUGGGCAAAAAUUGCUGAUGCAUCUAUAUAUGGCCCAGGGACGUUUACUGUCUGUACGUGUUCAUAUCGUUGUUCUUGUAAACGGUUUCUACUGUUUAUGUAUGUAUUAGCUGCGGUGGUUUCUUAGAACACUUUCGUUCGAACGAACUUUUAAAUAGGUUUUUCACCAAUGUCCCUUUAAAAGCUCCGUAUUUAAAGGCCCUUGUUAGGUAAAUAUAAAUUCGUAUCGUUUAUAUUGUUUGUGUUGCUUCUGUUGUGCAUUUGUACAGAUACUGUGAUAUAAAGCAUGCAGAAUUGUUCACGAAAAUAAAAUGGCAUAGUCGCAAAGGUAAAAAUGUGA